AUGGAUUUGCAGGCAGAUCUGGAAGAGGGCUUUAAUCUGCAAGAUAACAUUUCUCAAAUAUUUCACAACUUUUCUUCAUUUGAUCCCCGAAGCAAUGUUACGUACAGCAAUGUCAUCAUGCCAACCGUCUUUGGUGUUAUCUGUUUGCUAGGCAUAAUUGGGAACAGUGUUGUCAUAUACACCGUCUUCAAGAAGUCCAAAUUCAGAUGCUCCAGUAGUGUGCCUGAUAUAUUUAUCAUUAAUCUUUCAGUAGUAGACUUGCUUUUUCUUCUUGGAAUGCCAUUUCUGAUUCAUCAGCUACUUGGUAAUGGAGUUUGGCACUUUGGUGAGACUAUGUGCACUCUCAUUACAGCUUUGGAUACUAAUAGUCAAUUCACCAGCACUUACAUCCUCACGGCCAUGUCCAUUGACAGAUACCUCGCCACAGUUUACCCAUUCACUUCUGCCAAGUACAGGAAGCCACCUAUUGCUGUAAUGGUAAUCUGCAUACUUUGGGUGUUGUCUCUCCUUAGUAUCACACCAGUAUGGAUGUAUGCUAGACUUAUCUCUCUACCAGGGGGAGUUUUGGGCUGUGGAAUUACUCUCCCUAAUCCAGAGAGUGAUAUAUAUUGGUAUACACUGUAUCAGUUCUUUCUAGCCUUUGCAAUCCCGUUUGCUGUGAUCUCAGUGGCGUACAGGAGAAUACUGCUAAAAAUGGCAUCUUCUGAAGCGUUAACAACACAAAGGAGCUCCAGAAUAAGGACAAAGAAAGUGACCAGGACAGCCAUUGCUAUUUGUUUGGUGUUUUUCAUUUGCUGGGCGCCAUUUUACGUACUUCAGAUAAUUCAGCUGGUUAUGGACCAACCUACAUUGGCCUUUCACUAUGCAUACUGCGUGGCUAUUAGCAUGGGCUAUGCCAACAGCUGUAUCAACCCAUUUAUCUACAUAAUUCUCUGUGAGACCUUUAGACGUAGGUUCAUUGUCUCAGUGCGACCAGUAGACGACCAUCAGCAAAGUAGAAUUAGAAUGAAAUUUCGCACUGAUCCACCUUCUGGAAGUGGCCAGCCUUUGCUUCAUCUUGUCCCUGUCUCAACAGGUAGCUAA